AUGGAAUUAGCGUUUAAAUAUCGGCUUGUGAGAACCACCAAAUCCUUUCGAAGUGAUUUUGGUCGUGGCUUCCUAGACUGGCCAAGCGACUGGCCUAGGAUGGAUACCAUUGCACCACGAUUUUCAUCGCAUUUGGACCGCUUAGACCGGAACUGGCGCACUGAUCCAUUCUGGCGUGACCUUUAUCCACGAUGGGCAGAACCGAUUUUCAAAGAGGGUAUCGACAUUAAAGCCAAAGUAAUCAACGAUUCUCAACGCUUUAUAGUUGACGUUGACGCAUAUCAGUUUCGACCGGAAGAAAUACAGGUAAAAACCAUUGACGACACGUUGCUCAUCGAAGGACGACACGAAGAUGUUCGCGAUCGAGAUAAUUUUACAAAAAUGUAUUUUGUUCGAAAAUAUCAGCUUCCAGCCGAUGUAAACCCGCAGGACGUCACCAGUUCAAUUGAUAGCUCAGGUCGACUGACUGUGGAAGCGGUAAAGCACGUAAAGGCUUUGCCUAGUCGCGAAAGAGUUGUACCUGUUGAAGGACCUUCAAAACGCGGCGAAUCUCGAGCUUCUGAUGUUUACAGUCAUAGUUCCAGAAGCCGCAAUGACUCUGGUAAUUAUUCACCACGAGGGCACCCGCCAACCCAGGGGCGUUCUCACAGCUCGUCGUCAUUUUACCAUCGUUCUUCAACCCGUACAACAACCAACCCACCUGAUAGCGUACAAGAUCGUGAAUACGGCAGAAGAAAAGACUAUCCUCUAAAAGAUGAGCGUAAAGAAAGGGAAUAUCGUUCAGAAUCAAGGAACGAGUACAGGAGUGAAUCACGUCAAGGAGAGACCUCUCAACAGCGAUACAGAGUAGAUUCACCAGGGAGUGCUUACAGUCAACAGGCUGGUGGACAACAUCCGCAACAGAAUGGUAAAGCUGAGCCUCCUCCACCACCACGAUCUGAUUCUCGUUCAGAAAGUGUUCGAAGCGUACAAAUACUGAGAAAAAGUUUCAGCUAA